AUGAGUGCGCCCUCCGGCGCCAAAGCAGCCCUUGUCGCUGACUCCAAGCAAACUUUUCACCCAUCCCCCAAGGGAGUAACUAUGUUAGCCACUGCCAUUGUGAUGUUAAAAAGUCGUCAAGUUGCUGUUGAGGAGUCCGCAUCUGACGGAAUAGACUGCACCCUGAAUGAUUUAGUCAAGCGGUUUUGGGAGGUAGAAGGUCACACUACUGAAAAUGUAAAACGAACUAAAGAGGACUUGGCUUGUGAGGAACACUUCAACAACAAUUAUCGUCGAGUGAGCUCAGGAGAAUAUUCAGUUAGUUUGCCCUUUAAAUCAAGCCCUUCGCAAUUAGGCGACUCUUAUUUGCAAGCAGUUCGUCGAUUCCAAAAUCUCGAGAAAAGAUUCGCACAUAAACCUGAUUUAAAGAAGCAAUACUCUGCGUUCGUAACUGAAUAUGCUCAGCUCGAGCAUAUGUCUCUGGUAGAAGUUAUUCCUACUGGAGUGCGCACCAACUUCUUACCUCAUCAUUGCGUAUUGAAGGCAGAAAGCUCCACCACAAAAUUGCGCGUAGUCUUCGAUGCGUCUGCUCCCACCAGCUCCGGAUUCUCAUUAAACGACAUUUUGAUUUCGGGUCCUACAAUACAACCCAAAUUGAUUGAUACUCUGUUAAGAUUUCGCUCUCAUAAAUUCGCCUUAACGGCCGACAUUUGCAAAAUGUAUCGCUGCGUUAAGAUAUCUAAAUCUGAUAGUUUUCUGCAAUGCAUAUUAUGGCGCGACAAGCCCGAUCAAGAAUUCAAGAUUUACAAACUCGACACCGUCACGUAUGGUACUAAGCCCGCUGCGUUUCUGGCCAUACGGGCAAUGCAGCAGCUUGCAAUUGAUGAGGCGAGCAACUACCCCCUCGGUUCAGAAAUUGUCUCCCGCGAUUUCUAUGUCGAUGAUUUAAUAUCAGGUGGUAGAUCUGAAGAUGAAGUUGUGCAAAUAAUGACGCAGACGGAACAGCUUUUAAAAAGGGGGAAUUUCGUCUUAAGAAAGUGGUGCUCAAACAGCGCCAGCAUUUUGAAAAAUGUCGACCCAGCGCAUCGUGAGCAAUUUUUGAAGUUCGGUGACGGCAGCGACAUUACCAAGGCGCUAGGGCUGGCAUGGGAGCCUAAAAGCGAUCGUCUACUCUUCCUCUGGGAUCCACUUCCUGAAUCAUUGCGGGCCACGAAGCGCAACGUGUUGUCGGUAACUGCUAGGUUUUAUGAUCCGCUUGGUCUCAUUGGCCCCAUUGUGCUAAAGGCUAAGGUGUUUUUGCAAAGUCUGUGGAAGGAUAAACUAGCCUGGGAUGAAAGCAUUCCUCAGUCAUUGCACUUCGCCUGGAAUCGACUCUGCGCAAAUCUAAGCUUUGUUGAAAAAAUUAGCUUCCCCCGUUUUGUUGGACUUGAUGCAGAUAACAUUCAAAUACACGGAUUCUGCGAUGCCAGCAUGGCAGCCUAUGGAGCCUGCGCUUACAUUCGAGCGCAAUCUGGCGGCGAGGUUCGAGCGACGUUGCUCUGCUCCAAAUCUCGCGUUGCACCUUUAAAAACGCUCACGAUUCCGAAAUUAGAGUUGUGCGCUGCAAUGCUGUUAGCCGAAUUGUUACAUUCCAUUCAAGGUUUGGGUCCGUUCAAGGGUGAAUUCUUCUGCUGGUCAGACUCCACCAUCACCCUCUCGUGGGUAAGUGACGUAGCCGCCAAUUUCAACGUCUUUGUUGCCAAUCGGAUCAGCAGCAUCCAAGAACUAACUCAAGGUAUGUCGUGGAGGCAUGUUCCCACCGAACUCAAUCCAGCAGACAUCUUGUCGAAAGGAGCCUCGCCCAAGGAACUUGAUGCAUCCACACUAUGGAAGGAAGGUCCCGCUUAUCUAAAGGAGGAUGAAUCCAGAUGGCCCCAAAUGAGGCAAGUAGACUACACAUCACUAGAAAAGAAGAAGACUAUGUUGAUUGCCUCAUCCAAAGUCAUCGACUAUUCAACUAAUUGCAAAUACAUAAAUAAUUUUCGUUCGAUGCAAAGAAUUUAUGCCUACAUUAAUUGUUUCUUAAAAAUUAAGUCCAACAAUCGAUGGGGAUCUUCUCAACUAAGUCUAGAAGAAAUUGAAGCAGGAACUCACUUGCUCCUUCGUAUGGUCCAAAGAGCUGUCAAGAGCCUCGAAUACAGCGAACUGAAGGCUGGGCGCGUAGUCAGUUCUUCAAGCAAGAUAAGCUCACUGAACCCAUUUCUAGACAAUACUGGGCUAAUACGGGUUGGUGGGCGUCUUCAGAAUGCAGCACUUAGUUUCAACGCAAAGCACCCCAUCGUGCUACCAAGGCAUCACCCACUCACAAACAGCAUCAUUGAGCAUUUUCACCUGAAGCUGUUACAUGCUGGGCCUCAAGCGCUGCUUGCAACCAUUCGGUUGCAGUAUUGGCCAAUUGGAGGAAGAAAAAACGUGGCUGGUGUACUCAAUAAAUGCGUGCGAUGUUUUCGUACCAAACCGAUAGUCAUGCGGCACAUUAUGGGUAAUCUACCAGCCGAGCGAGUACAGAUUCAACGCCCAUUCUACACCACUGGAAUAGACUUUUGCGGCCCAUUCAGCUGCAAGGCGGAAGUGCGGAAUAGGCCAGCUACGAAAUGUUACAUUUGCGUGUUUAUAUGUUUCGCAACAAAGGCUACUCAUUUGGAGUUAGUCAGAGACCUGUCCACGGACUCGUUCUUAGCCGCACUAAAACGAUUCACUUGUUUGCGUGGGAAACCUAGGGUUAUCUGGUCAGAUAACGCCACUAAUUUCGUCGGCGCGAAAAAUGAGCUGAAAGAGAUUCGUGCGCUGCUGCUUAGUGAACAACACACUAGCAAAGUUCGCAAACAAUGCCUUGACGACGGCAUCGACUGGCGCUUCAUACCACCGCGAUCGCCUCAUUUUGGCGGCCUUUGGGAGGCCGCAGUAAAGGCCGCAAAAUAUCAUCUUCGCAGAGCAAUUGGCUCUAUCGUUCUCGGCUUCGAAGAAUUAAGGACACUUGUGUGUCAAAUCACUGCUAUUAUAUAUUCCAGACCUCUUUGUCCCAUUUCAGAAAGCCCAGAGGACUUGGACGUUUUGACUCCGGCCCAUUUUCUUUCUGGUGGGGCACUCACAGCCAUAGCGGAGCCCGACUUGUCAAAUAUCGAACUUAGUCGUUUAGGUCGGUGGCAGCAAACUUGUCGCAUACAACAAUCCUUUUGGAGGUCACGGAGCACGGCCUCCCUAACGCUGUUGCAAGAGCGCGGAAAGUGGCGUACGAAAACACCAAACAUUCCACCCAAUGCACUAGUCCUAAUACAGGAUGACAACAAUCCACCCAUGAAGUGGAAAAUGGGACGAGUCAUCGAUACGGUCAAAGGAAAGGAUGAUGUGGUUCGCGUUGCUAUCAUCAAGACUAGCACUGGCGUCACUCGACGGGCAAUCACAAAGCUAUGCCUACUGCCAGUGGAUGACGUUAAAAGCUCUCAAGGCUCUCAACGGGGGGAGGAUGUCCAAGGGUUAACGUAG